AUGAAAUUAUCAGCUGCUGCAUUAACAUCAAUCCUGCUUGUUUGUUCAGUCACUGUUGCUAGUCCUGUUACUCCCAGUACGACUGCAAGUACAGAACAUAGUCUUUCAACAACUCUAUCUACUGCGACUACAAGUACUGAAUAUAGCCUUUCAACGACUCCGCCUACUGAUGCUAUAAAUAUUAGAUAUAUAUCUAUGCAAGUUGUUGAUCCAGAUGCUACACAUACAUUUGAGCUAGAUACAUUUACAGUCGAAAAUCAAAAUUUAAUCAGAAACUACUGUAAAAAAUAUAUACUAUACAUUAAAGCAAUGGAAAUUCGUGACUCGAAAAGAGAUAUGGUUACUACUCAAGAAAGAUAUGUAGCUCAGCUACGUGUAGAAUAUCAGCAGUUGAUACGUAGAUUUUAUAAAAAAUCCAAUGGUUCAAAGUAUAAAAGUGCACUUGAUGGCCUUAGAAUUGAGCUUGAAAACCUCAAUUCUGAACUUGUCAGUCUUGAAAAGCAAAAGUAUAUGCUCGAGUCGGAAUAUGAUACAGCAUUGUCAAGGAUGAGACGGGUAGAAAGAAAAAUCGCAUUACUUUUCUUUGAAAGAUUUACAAGAGCCUUGACAGUUAGGUUCCAUGUAAACUUUGGAUUAUCAUCCAUUACUAUUUCCCUUGGCUACGAAUUAUACGAGCUGAUAACGAGACAAUCGACAGAAUUCGCGAUUGAAUCUGCUAAUGAGAUUCAAAGUUCAUCACAGCAAGAAGUUCAAAAUUUGCCCCCAUCAUAUGAAAGUGCAAUGCAGAAUCAUGAACAGCAUGAGGUAGACUCGGAAGACUCUGAGAAUCAACCUCCAUCAUAUGACGAAGUACUCGAUAAUCCUGAAAAUUUUCCCAAGAUCCUGGAAAAUUCUGACAUUGCCACAUUAUCUGCAGAGCCGCUAACCGAGGAACCGUCAUCCGAGGAAACACAUAUACCUAUAGCUCAACCCGUUCGAGAAACUUCCAGUUUAGGGUGGUUAUUCCAAUAUGUGGAAACCCUUUUAAAUUUAAAAGUAAGGCAGCCCAGACGUGACGAUCCACCCAAUUGA